GGGGAUCAGAUGACGACUGUCCAUCUUUGCCAAGUGAUUGUAAGCCAGAAUGUAUUGUUAGUCUGUCACACUGUAGAAAGUGUGAUUGUAAUGAGGCUUCUAGUUUUGGAAUGACAUUUGGGAGCGGCGGUGGCGGAUCUGGUGGUGCACAGGGAAGCCCAUUUGGCAGUGGCAGCGGUGGCGGGUCUGAUGGUGCACAGGGAAGCCCUUUCAAUCAAGGAAAUGACUUAUCACGAACGCCAUUUACAUCCUCCAUUGAUGCACUAGACUCUAGAGUUGGUGGGGGAGGUAUGGGAGAGGUAUCAGGGAUCGGAAUGGGUGGCAUGCGGAAUGGACUCAUGUCUGUUCCUGGGAUGUUUUUACAUGGACCCUCAUCUUCUAAGGGGCGUGUUGCCUGUUUAAGAGAUGACAUUAUAUGUCCCUCUUACUGUCUAGUUAUUGAUGAGUCCGGCUGUAAAUCGUGUCCAUGUGGACCAGCAAGUGGUAUGGGUGUGGCAAUGAUAUCGCAUAGCCAUGGGAAAACUAAACCAACACAGCAGCCAAAUAACCAGUGUGUGGCAACAUUGGUGUGCAUGCUGUCAUGUGAUGACGGGUAUAAGUUAGGACCGAAAGGAAAAGAUGGAUGCCAGACAUGCGAAUGUACCAAACAUAAAUCGAAACAGGAAGAGAACAGUAAAAGUAAUGGAGAUAAAGAAGAAAAGGGAAGUGGUAACGACAAAGACAAAACCCAAAAUGGUACUGGUUCGAAAUCUAGUGGUUCUGGAUCAGGCUUCAACCCAAUGUUUGCUGGCAGUAGUGGAUCAGGCAUGGGAGGAGGCGAUAAAUCUAACAGCGGUUGUUCCGGACCAUUCUGUGCUAUGAUGUCCACUACUGGUGGUAAAUCAAUGACUGGACCUUUUACAGGCUCGGGACAAGGCAGCGGUACUGACGGUGGCAAUGGUGAUAAGUGCACUGGUCCAUCGUGUUCAGCACCCGGAAAUCAUAAUCCUGGAACUAUUGGUAAAAGUAGUGGUCAAUCAUCAUGUCCCUCGACAGAUCUGUGUGCGAAAACCUGUAAAUAUACUGUCAAGUUAGGAUCAAAGAUGGCUGACGGAUGCCCCUCAUGUGCUUGCGAAAAAACUCAAUUGUCAACGGAAAAGACUCCAAAGCAGACUUUAUGUGAUGAGGUAGUAAAAUGUAUGAUGUCAUGUACAGAAGGUUAUAAACUGCAAUCUGGUAGGGAAGGAGGAUGUCCAAUCUGUAGUUGCCAGCAACCUCCAACACCAGCCCCUACAGUAGCAACAAUGCAGAAUAUUCUGUCGUGUACAGAGAGAACCGUUCACUGCAUGAAGUCUUGUAAACAUGGAUACCACAUGUUGAGUUCUAUAAACAGCGACUGUCCACGAUGUAACUGUUUACCACCUCCGACAUCAGCACCAAGUCCUACACCUGGUAUAUAUUCUGUACUUAGACAAUGUCCGGAGACAUUACAUUGUAUGACGAGUUGUAGUAACGGAUACUCAUUAGAAGGCGGAUCGUUCGGCUGUCCAAAGUGUACAUGUAAUCAAGCUCAUGUUGUUACACUUAUGUGUACAUCGGCUCUUUCCUGUCUUAGAGGGUGUCAGCUCGGAUACAAAUGUGGAAAUGAUGGCUGUCCAACGUGUUUAUGUGUUGAAGCUAAAGAAAUUGGAGUUACAUACACAGACACCUACAUUCAGUCCUCGUUAACAUGUAGUGCACAGUUUAGUUGUGUGAGUAAAUGCCCGUUUGGAUACAAAACGGGAGAAAAUGGCUGUCCAAUGUGCAGAUGUUUGCAACAUAUUUCAGAAAAACAGCAUUUAACUGUAGCCGAUAGAUGCCCAGAAGCAACAAGAUGCAGUGAGAUGUGUCCAGAGGGAUAUACAUUGAAGACUGUAGUCGGAAGAGAAUGCCCUAUAUGUCAAUGUGUCAGAAUUAUAACAGAGAGUGUACAAAGUCAAUUGGGAAGUUGUACUGGUCCAGAAUGUUCAUCAGGUUCAAUUCAUCAUGCAACAAUGAAAGAAAGGUGUCCUGAUACUUUUAGAUGUGAUGAAAUAUGCAAUCAUGGGUUUUCCUUGCGAACAGUGACUGGCCAAGAAUGUCCCGUGUGUCAGUGUGCUGUUGUUACAGAUAGAAUAACUAUGGCGAAAAGUCAAUCAGCAUCUAUUGAAGGAAAGAACGUUAUAACUAGUAGCAAAUCAUCCAAUAGUACUAUAGUCAGUGGUAAUGUGAGAACACAUAGUUCCGGCGGAAGUACAAUAAUGAAUGGACCUUCAAGAAGCAUGUUCUUGCACGAGUCAUUAACAGGUCAUGUGCCAUUAGCUGGGACUAUCAAUGGGGACUAUUUACAUCAAUCACUAUCUCACAAUUUACCAUUAGCUGGAGAUUUAACUGACAGGAACUGUAUAGGUCCUACAUGUUCUGCCAAAAAUGGAAUGCAUACAGGAAGGACGGCCCAGAUCCAAUCUAGUCGGUGUGAUGAUAUAUUGACUUGUGUAGUGGAAUGUAAACACGGAUAUAAACUUGGUAUCAAAGGAUCGGACGGUUGUCCCUCUUGUACAUGUCUUAAAUAA